AUGACUGCGUACCACUACCCCUGGGGUCGUUUCGAUAUGGUGCUGUAUGAGAUUCAUAUGCCCGGGAAGAGCUCUACAAUAGACACAACUAAGAAAAUACAAGAUGUUCUUCAAGAAUUUCAUGGAGAUAGGAUUAUGGCCAAGUAUAACACUGAAGUGAUUUUGGAGGAGAUGAUGCAGCAUAUUGACUAUGACCAUGAUGGGAAUAUUUCUCUUAAAGAGUGGGUCCAGGGUGGCCUGACCACCAUACCUCUGCUGGUGCUGCGUAGACUUGAAACGAAUGUAAAAGAUGAUGUACAGCAUGUGUGGAGACUAAAGCACUUUAGUAAACCAGCAUACUGUAACCUUUGUCACAAUAUGCUGAUUGGACUGGUCAAGCAAGGCCUCUGCUGCUUCUUUUGUAAGUACACCGUCUGCAUCAAAUCUUAUGUUAAAUCCAAGAAAAACAGAGAGAUUAUGCAUCAUUUCUGGAUGGAGAACUGUCCAACCAAGUGUGCUAAGUGUCACAAAACCAGCAAAUGUUACCAGGCUCAAACAGGCCUUCACUGCGUCUGGUGCCAGAUAACUUGUUUUUCAAAUUAACAACACAACAAGUGCGUGUCACAUGUUAAACCCAAAUGUGACUGUGGAUCGCUGAGAGAUCACAUACUCUCUCCUAACACAAUAUGCCCUGUUGAGAGGCAGUCCACUGUGAGAAAAGACUCCAGCCAAUCAGAAAUACGGGGGGAAAUACAAAGGACCAAUUCAGUGUCAGUGGAUGGAGGGGGGCUACAGAUCUUUUGAAAGUUCCAAAACCUCCUGAACCCAUGUCAAGUGUACAACCUUGCCAAGAACGGCCCCAAGCCUGGAUUACACUUCUUUCGGGAUAUUCCAGACUUCAGAGUCUUGGCCUGUGGUGGAGAUUGUAGCGUUUGUAAAUUAUGCCACUUUUUGGAAGUGAGUUGGAAAAAAUGUCCCAAUCCUCCUGUGUGUGUACUUCCUUAUGGUACAGGAAAUGACCUCGCCAGGUGCCUGCGUUGGAGUGGAGGCUACAAGGAAGGAAAUCUUUUGAAGAUCCUGAAGGAUAUUGAGAACAGUUCUGAAGUGAUUUUGGACAGGUGGAAGAUUGACAUCACUCUACUAGACAAAGAAGGGGGAGGAGAUCCAGCCGCAUACAGCAUCGUAAACAUUUACUUCUCUUUUGGCAAGGAUACCUCCAUUGCCCAUCGAUUCCACAUUAUGAGAGAGAAACAUUCAGAAAGGCUUAACAGCAGGAAGAAGAAUAAACUUUGGUACUUUGAGUUUGGAACCGCAGAGACCUUCUCAGCCACCUGCAAGAAGCUGCAUGAUUAUUUUGAGGUGGAGUGUGAUGGUAUCAGCCUGAACCUUAACAACAAGAAACAAAGAAGCCAAUGUCGAACAGAGAAUACAUUUCCAGAAAAAUAGACCACAAUUAUUGACCCAAAAGAACUCAUGUUUGCUGUUCAAGACCCCUCUGAUAAGCUGCUGGAGGUGGUGGGGUUAGAGGGGUACAUGGAAAUGGGGCAGAUUUACAUGGGUCUGAAGAGUGCUGGCAGACAUCUGGCCCAGUGCACCACCAUCUCUAUCAGGUGUUUUUAAACCCUCCCUAUGCAAAUAGAUGGUGAGCCUUGUAUGCAGAGCCCAUGCACUGUAAGUAUUACAUCCUUACUUUUAAAAAAAUAUAUAAUUAUAGGGGAUAGUUCACGAAAAAAUCAUUCUGUAAACUCACUCUCUGUAGUGCAGAGGCGUUUGGAUCCAUUUUGUGAACUGGGGUCAGAAACAAUGUCAUCUGGAAGUCCGAAGAGACGAAACACAUGA